GGUUUAGCCUUCCUUACUGUAGCAGAAAUUGCCAAGUUUACUGAUUGCAUAGAUGAUGAGUUCUACAAGGAAGCCACUAUAGACAAAAUAGCCGACCAAUGUAUCCCAUGUGCGUUGAAUUGCGUUCCCAUGAGCAAGUAUACGACCCUCAUGAAUAUGAUGGGUAAAAUGGACAAAUGCAUGGAGCCGGAAAAGCAGACUACGCUGAAACUUAUCGACAAAAUCAUGCCACCAGCAAAGACCGUUCUCACAAAAGCCUACGACACGGUAAGAACUCUUGUCGUAUUUUGA